CAAGGAGAAUAGAAAGGUGAAAAAGAUACCUUAUCUUAUGAAUAAUCUCUACAUUGGGGGCCGCCCCAUUGGAUGGUAAAAGCCCAUGUCGUGACUCAUAUAUCCAAUUAUUAUUAUCCAAUUAACCUAGUUGAAUGUCAGUUCAUCGAUCGUCAGAUCAUGCGUGAGAGUUGAAUCAAUAUUCGCAUUUGGAGCAGUUGAGGGUCAAAAAACAAAUUUAUUAGCCUGAUCUAGUCUGCUGCUAUAAACACCGGGCUAGAUAGAUUAUCGAUCCAAAUUCAAGGCGACCAAGCGCUGUGGAGAGAGAGAGAGAGAGAGAGUUGGAGUUCGCGAGAAUGAGUGAAGAAAGAGCCGAGAAUUGCUUGGGAUGGGCGGCAAGAGAUGUCUCUGGAUUUCUAUCGCCUUACAAGUUCAGUCGGAGGGUUGUUGGAAGCGAUGAUGUAUCAGUGAAAAUCACGCACUGUGGAGUCUGCUAUGCUGAUGUUGUAUGGACUAGGAACAGGUUUGGGGAUUCGAAGUACCCUGUGGUGCCAGGGCAUGAGAUUGCUGGAAUAGUGAAAGAGGUUGGUUCCAAUGUUGCUGGCUUCAAAGUUGGGGAUCGUGUUGGAGUGGGGACUUAUGUUAAUUCGUGUAGGGACUGCGAGUACUGCAAAAUUGACAUGGAUGUGUAUUGCUCCAGGGGAGCUAUUAACACUUUUAAUUCUGUUGAUGUGGAUGGUACUAUGACAAGAGGUGGAUACUCAAGCUACAUAGUUGUUCAUCAGAGGUACUGCUUUAGGAUACCUGCUGAAUAUCCGCUGGCCAUGGCGGCACCGCUACUGUGUGCGGGAAUCACAGUUUACAGUCCCAUGAUCCGCCAUAAGAUGAACCAACCAGGCAAAUCUCUGGGGGUGAUUGGACUGGGUGGCCUUGGUCAUUUGGCAGUGAAGUUUGGCAAGGCUUUUGGAUUGGCUGUAACUGUUUUCAGCACAAGUUUAUCCAAGAAAGAGGAAGCUCUGAAUGUGCUCGGAGCAGAUAAAUUCGUGCUCGCAUCUGAUGAAGACCAAAUGAAGGCUGCAGCAAAUUCACUCAACUUCAUUAUUGAUACAGCCUCAGGGGACCACCCGUUUGAUCCAUACAUGGCAGUUCUGAAGACCGGUGGAACCCUAGUUUUGGUUGGUGCCCCCAGUGAAGUGAAGCUCAGUCCUGCCCAUCUCUUGAGAGGUAUGAAAUCCAUUUCGGGGAGUGCCACGGGAGGCACGAGAGAGAGGCAAGAGAUGCUGGAUUUCUGCGCGGAGCAUAAAGUUUACCCGAAUAUUGAGAUUAUCCCAAUGCAGUAUAUAAAUGAAGCUCUGGAGCGAGUAAUCAAGAAAGAUGUCAAGUACCGUUUUGUUAUUGACAUUGAGAACUCCUUGAAGUGACAAAUAGGAGAGGAAAGUAAAAGCUGAAGGUCCAAAGUCCCGAUCAAUUAUCGUAACCCCUUAUAUAUACAAUGCCUAGUCUAAAAUUUGCUUUUGCUUAAGCCUCAAGUUUCAUCUUCCUACAUACCUGUUGCCUGAGCUCAAUAAAGCCCCAUCUCCAUGCUAUUUAAGGUUUCUGUACUUCUUAAGUUUUUCAUUAAUGAAAUGAAGAAGAAGAUUACAUACAUACAACAGUUAAAUUCCCCCCCCCCAAAAACAUUAUGAGUGCGUAUAAAGAGUCCCAAAGAGCCUACUUCUGAGCAGAAAUGUUGUGACCGGCUGAGGACGGUGUCCAAUUGCCACCAGAGGCAUCCUCAGUUCUCACCCUCCUGUAGAAAAGCACAUCGGCGGCUGCCGCGACUUUACAUCCUCUUCAUUUAUGGCUGAAAUAUGGCUGUCGUCGAAGUUGUACCACCUGUUUUCAUCUACAAGCUGCACAUUACUCGAGAAUGCUAAAGAAAAAAGUCGCAAGAACAGCAAAUCCGCAGAGCAUCAGGGAACGUAAACCUCCUGAGAGACUUGGGGCAGAAUAAAAUGAAAAAACAAGAGCAGGCUGGAUCCCUCUCACCUUGAUAUGUGCAGUGUAGUGGCCACUUCCCAUCCCGCCAUAGUGAUUGGUCAAGGCAUAGAGUUCGUAGAGCUGAGGCCUUGGGUUUUUCUUGUUGGCUACAUAAUUUGUCAGAUCAAAGCCAUGUAUGGGAAAAUUGACCAAGGUCUCCAGCUUGUGCUUCAUCGACCUGCUGUGUGGGAACCUCUUUAAAUGGAUCACAAGCACAUCGGGAAGCCUCCAGAUAUCCAGCUUCUUGCUUGCUUGCCUUCGCUCCUUGCAUCGAGGGCCGUACCUGAUCAUGCAUCCGUCAGAAAAUGUGAGAAAAAAAUCUAGACUGCAGAUGAGUUCUCCUCUCGGACAGACAGGACAGGAAUUGCAACCAAGACAGUGGUAUCCACAACUUAAAUUGGAAUGCUAAUUUAAGUUUAAUUAAUUGUAAGUCCUUCAAUCUAUUAAUGGAGAAUACUUUUUAAUUUAA